UUUGUAUUGAGGUAAAUAAUUACCUAAAAAGGUUGUCUUUUUUCUUUUCAUGACCCCUGAAAACGGGGAAGGAGGUGAGCAUGAGCCUCUAUCCCCCUGUGCUUGUGUGUCCUGAGUGUCUCAGGGAGACCACACAGCUUGUAUUUGCUGGUUUAAAUAUUUCAUUUUUAAUUUGGUGGAAAAGCUGAAUUGGAAACAAUUUGGCAAAUCAACAUCAGUGUCAGCAAACAGCAUCUUGUGAUUGGCGGUACCGGAUAUUCAGUUGUCCAUCCCUACAUCAAUGCACUGCCAAUGGGUUAUAUCCUGUGUUGUGACCUCAUGGUUUAAGUGGGAAUAAAGAUGAGUAUAAGCAGUGAUGAGGUCAACUUCUUGGUAUAUAGAUACUUGCAAGAGUCAGGAUUUUCUCAUUCGGCGUUUACUUUUGGUAUAGAAAGCCAUAUCAGUCAGUCAAACAUAAAUGGUGCCCUCGUCCCUCCUGCUGCAUUGAUUUCUAUCAUCCAGAAAGGUCUACAGUAUGUAGAGGCAGAAGUUAGUAUUAAUGAGGAUGGUACCUUGUUCGAUGGUCGACCAAUAGAGUCUCUGUCGCUGAUAGAUGCCGUAAUGCCUGAUGUAGUACAAACAAGACAACAAGCUUACAGAGAUAAGCUUGCACAGCAACAAGCUGCAGCUGCUGCAGCUGCCGCAGCUGCUACCAACCAACAAGGAUCUGCAAAAAAUGGAGAAAACACAGCAAACGGGGAGGAGAAUGGAGCACAUACUAUAGCAAAUAAUCAUACUGAUAUGAUGGAGGUGGAUGGGGAUGUUGAAAUUCCUCCUAACAAGGCAGUCGUGUUACGGGGUCAUGAGUCUGAGGUGUUCAUCUGUGCCUGGAACCCUGUUAGUGAUCUCCUGGCAUCGGGGUCCGGAGACUCAACAGCGAGAAUAUGGAAUCUUAGUGAAAACAGCACUAGUGGCUCCACACAGUUAGUACUCAGACAUUGUAUACGAGAAGGAGGGCAAGAUGUCCCAAGCAACAAGGACGUGACCUCUCUAGAUUGGAAUAGUGAAGGUACACUUCUAGCAACUGGUUCGUAUGACGGGUUUGCCAGAAUAUGGACUAAAGAUGGUAAUCUUGCUAGCACCUUAGGGCAGCAUAAAGGCCCUAUAUUUGCAUUAAAAUGGAAUAAGAAAGGAAAUUUCAUCUUAAGUGCUGGAGUAGAUAAGACAACAAUUAUUUGGGAUGCGCAUACUGGUGAAGCCAAGCAACAGUUUCCUUUUCAUUCAGCACCAGCAUUGGAUGUUGACUGGCAGAGCAACAACACCUUCGCUUCUUGUAGUACAGAUAUGUGCAUUCAUGUCUGUAAACUAGGACAAGACAGACCUAUUAAAACAUUCCAGGGACACACGAAUGAAGUGAAUGCUAUCAAAUGGGACCCGACUGGCAAUCUUCUGGCCUCCUGUUCUGAUGACAUGACUUUGAAGAUAUGGAGUAUGAAACAGGACAAUUGUGUCCAUGAUUUGCAAGCACAUAAUAAAGAAAUUUAUACUAUCAAGUGGAGUCCAACAGGGCCGGGGACAAAUAAUCCAAAUGCCAACCUUAUGUUAGCAAGUGCAUCCUUUGACUCUACGGUUAGGUUAUGGGAUGUAGACCGAGGAAUUUGCAUCCAUACCUUGACAAAACACCAAGAGCCUGUGUACAGUGUAGCUUUCAGUCCUGAUGGCAGGUAUCUGGCAAGUGGUUCUUUUGACAAAUGUGUGCACAUCUGGAACACACAGACAGGUGCUCUAGUUCACAGCUAUAGGGGAACAGGUGGAAUUUUUGAAGUUUGCUGGAAUGCAGCAGGAGACAAGGUUGGAGCCAGUGCAUCGGAUGGUUCAGUUUGUGUAUUAGACCUUCGGAAAUAGCGCUACUAGUUGGAAGCCAUGGACCGACUAUGAAUGUGUACAUAGCCAAAAUGACUGUCCCUGACCCAUGUACUGCUAUAGUCCCACUUGAACCAUGGCCAGUCCACUACAGCCAAAUCUAAAAGAAAUAUAUACGUACAGUGUAUAUACACAAAAUUGCACCCUGAAGAUGACAGAAAUUUGUCACAGCUUGUGAAUUCUGUUCACCAAGUGCUGGAAUCUAAUCUGCUGUGCCCCUAAAAUAGCAUUUAGAAGUUUUGGAUAUGAAAAACAGAAGAAAGAAAUAUGCAUUAUAAAAGCAGCCCAUACAUGUACCAGUUUUUGGAAACUAAUGACAGCCUUGUUUCUCCCUUUGAAUCAGCAGACACCAUGGAUUAUAUUCUUUUCUUCCCUUCAAUAGUUGAGCAGUUUGUAUGUACAGAGAAAAUGGACUUACAAAAACUUGCAGCAGUAGUUUGUUCUUGCUUUUAAACUUGUUUUUGAUUUAGUUUAUGGAUGCAUGAAGUAAGGGAGUGAAUCAGUUUUUUGUUUAUAUUUUUUUUCACCUUUUAAACAAAAAAUUCUUAAAAAUAUUUUAAUGCAUUCUUUUGAAAAGAUAAAUGUUUGGUACAUUUUAUGGCUCCCAGAGCAUAUAUUCAAUUGGUGCAUGUUGUGAAAGGGGAAAUUGGAAAUUAAAUGAAAAUAUAUGACUUUGGUUACGUCAAUCUGUAAGACACAUCAGUGAAAAAGGGUAUUAUGCUCUGUUUUUUUUGUUUUGUUUCGUUUUUUUGUUUUGUUUUGUUUUUGUUUUGUGAUGUGGCUUAAAUGCAGUAGUUUCUAUUUUGGGACAUAUUUCUGCCAAUUAAAGACUAGGAGGGCACAAAAAAAUUUUUUUUAAUACCAUAGAGAAGAUGCAUAAAAAAAUCUUCUGAUGUUUUGUAGCCAUAACUAAAUUAUGGUUAAAAUGUGCACUAUUGUAAAAGGAGCAAAGUAGCUUUGGGGGUUUUGUUGUUUGUUUAUUUGUUUGUUUUGCUUUGUUUUUUAAGAGAUUAAAAUGUUUCUGGAUAAGGAUUAGCUUCUCAAAGUGUCCAUCAUUCUGUGUAGAAGCUUAACUAUGUAAUAUAACCAAACUCCAGUAUUAAGAAUCUCUCAUGUUAUUUUUCUUAUACAAAGCAAGAUAAAGGCAUAUAACACUGCCAUUACAUGGCAAAAUGUUAGCUACCUUAGUUUAAAAACAAUCUUUAAAACAAAAGACUUGCUUCAAGGUGUUUUUAAAUAGCAGUGAUUCAGAUUUUUUUUUUUUUUUUUAAAGUAUAAUUGCACUAACCUCCCUGCUGCUCUGAUUCUGCAUUUGUGGUACUUGUGACUACAUUUUUUUCAAAUAUAGAUAGGUUUAAGCUGCUAUUUUUUUCCCCCCAGUAAUCACUACUAUAUCAUGUCUUAUACUCUGUUUAUAUUAGCACGUAUUUUCUUAAGGAUGUAGGUGUCAGAUCACACCUCCUCUUGUGCUCAUUGCUAAAAGUGAAAGUUGACAGAAUUGACAAAUGAUAGCACGGGACUGUGCUUAUGUGUGUGAUGAGCAGGGUUGGUGAUGGGUAAUGUAAGUAUCCAGAACUGUCCGUUUUGAAGAGAAUAGUUGUCAAAUUUAUAUCUCAAAGAUUUUAAUUAAGGAAUUGCUUAUUAUCAAGCUUAGCAAAUUUAUAACACUAUUCCCAUCACUAAUUAUUUUGAGGCCUUUGCUACUAAAAUUUUAACCUAUACUUUAAGUAGAAACUGAUUUAGCCCAAGUAAUGCAGCUUUGAUUUUCAGCAUUUGUGGUUUCGCUAUUUUUACAAAAGAGCAUUGAUUGAAGCAAGUCUUGGUUUUACUAAGGUAGGGUAGCAUUUGCUAUUGUUAAAGAAAAUAAAUACACUUAAUUCCAUAAUACAUUGUUAUAUGUACCCCAGUUGUUGUUAGUGGGGACUAUGAUACUGUAAUAAUAUUUUUAAAAAUUUACAUCCAGAGAGGCAGUCAUUCAUGAUGGUUUUGUGCCAGCUGUUUCUAGGGUUUGGAUCACAUUAUAGAUACUUAGAACUAUUACCCUGUGACUUAUGUAGGAAACCUAAUACGCUGAGUAUCUGGCACUUGAAAUCCUGCUUUUAUUGCUGGAGGUCCACAUCUGUGAUUGACCUCUGUUGUUGUUUUAAAAAAAUAAAUAAAAAUAAAAAAAAUCUGUGCAAUAAUUUUUAAAUGUGCUCCCAGGAAUAGACACAAAUGUUUUGAGUAUGUUUAAGCUGCAUUUUCCUUUAGCGAUGCAUUUGUCAAUUGCACUGAAUUUAAAUCUGAAAGUCAGAGGUGAUUAUUGAUAGUACUUUUGUAUUUUGAUAUUGACAAUUUAUUCAUCUGCAUACAGUUACUGACUUUUUUUUGCCAGCUGAUUAAAAGAUAGUCAAGAAGUUCUGCAAUAUAGCUGCCAACACAGACAGCUACAUUUUUAUGGUAUUGUCAUCUUUUCUGGUUUUCUUUCUUUCUUUUUUUAAAAAAUUUUUUAGCUAUUUACUUAAGCAUAAUAGCCACAAUAGGACAUAUGAAAGAUUAUAAAUACAGAACUUUAUUAUCCUGGUGUCUUGGGUCUUUUAAGUAUAAACUUUAUCUGGAAGGUGUCCACUUUGUAGGCGUGGGUUCUUCAUGAGCAUACAGGUGUUUAUUUUUGCUGCUGUUCUCAGCGUCAUCAUUGCCUGCUGAUAUGCCACGAUGCUGCUCCAUAGACAGAAACCAGAUUGCCUCUAAUUUGAGCAGUAAUAUGAUUGUGAGAGACCAAGUUUCACAGCCCGUAAAGUUUUAUAUUUGAGGUUCUUGCUCAUUUGUUCUUUUAUUUCUUUUUUUCCAACAACUUAUUCCUGAAGUUCAACCAACUCCAGUAGAUUUUCUGUGGUAUUCAUUAUGGUAUCG